GUCGGAUUCAAGCUCCGCCCACGCACGCUUUGGGUUCGUCCUCGCUUUAAAAAUUAAAUGCCCACUUGAAAGUCCGAAUGGAUAUCCACAUCUCUGGAGGAAUAAAUACACACAGGGUUAUGAUGCAGUGGAGUUAAAAUGCAAUGGCGAAGACGCAUAAAUCAAAAGGAGGAUGCAAAAUUUUGCGUUACUGCUGGAAGGGACAAAGUGGGGCUUGACAUCCAAUACAUCAAUGCCUUCAAAGAUGACCAGUGACAGAAGUCAGACUGAAAUGAUUAUGAGCGCUGUGAGCCAGACGAGGCCAGUGCUUGACCGAGCCACCAGAGUUGAAAAGGCUCUUGACGAGAAAACAAAUCAAGAAAUUCCCAAGACCACAAAUUCCAAAUCAGCAAAUGGAACCGUUGAACAGAUGACCAGUGACAGAAGUCAGACUGAAAUGAUUAUGAGCGCCGUGAGCCAGACGAGGCCAGUGCUUGACCGAGCCACCAGAGUUGAAAAGGCUCUUGACGAGAAAACAAAUCAAGAAAUUCCCAAGACCACAAAUUCCAAAUCAGCAAAUGGAACCGUUGAACAGAUGACCAGUGACAGAAGUCAGACUGAAAUGAUUAUGAGCGCCGUGAGCCAGACGAGGCCAGUGCUUGACCGAGCCACCAGAGUUGAAAAGGCUCUUGACGAGAAAACAAAUCAAGAAAUUCCCAAGACCACAAAUUCCAAAUCAGCAAAUGGAACCGUUGAACAGAUGACCAGUGACAGAAGUCAGACUGAAAUGAUUAUGAGCGCCGUGAGCCAGACGAGGCCAGUGCUUGACCGAGCCACCAGAGUUGAAAAGGAUCUCGAUGAGGAAAUGCCUCAGGAAAGUCCCGAGACAACAAAUUCCUCAUCAUCAAAAGAAGUUGUUGAACAGGUGACAAGUGAGAAAAGCCAGAUUGAGAGGACUGUGAGUGGCCUGAAUCAGACAAGUCCAGUGUUGGAUGUCCUCCCUGUGUUUGGACAGGAUCAACAGUCUGAUGUUACCCUUGAUGAUAUCCAAGUUCACAGAGAUUUCUACAGAUUCGCAGUUCCCACCACACAGCUGGCCAAGGUUUCCAAACUGCUUCUGUCAAUGCAAAAAGGAUGUCUUUCUGGUCUGCAAGGGAAAUCCCUGGAUGAGAUUGCACUUGAAGGUGAAAUUGCGUUAAGUGAUGCUGAGGCCGAGGAUAGUCAGAGGGAGUCAGAUGACAACGGCACAACAUUCACAUCACACUGUGGAAAUAUCAAGCCUGUGGAUGCUGCAUCUGUUUCUGCAUUAGCAGAGGAGGCUCGUGACACUGAAGGUUUUGGAAACGAUGCUGCUCAACAACGGGAUUCCAGAAGAAUAACAAAGAGAACGUGGUCUAAGGCUGAAGUUGCUGCAGUAAUGCGACAUUUCAGAGAUCACAUAUCUAAAGGAAAAUUGGCCACCAAAAAUGAAUGCAGUCACUGCAAGCUGGUAGAAGACCCUGUGUUAGCCCAGAGAACAGUGCAAAAUAUCAGAGACUUUGUGAGAAAUCGAGGAACAGCUGCAAAGAGGCAGCCACAGAAGCAUAAGCUUUAAGUUCAUUUGCAGUUAUUCUCUUGUGUUGUAAUUUUUCUGUUGCCUUAAUAUGUUUCGUAACAGCGAGUUGAGUGCACUUGCUUUUAUUUAUGUCUGCACACUUUUUCGUACUUUUCUUUGAUUUUAGCUGUUGUAUGUUUUAAGUUGUGUAGACAGAUCUUUAAGUGCAAUUUUACUUUUUUCGGAUAAUAAACCGACUGUUCCAUUAA